AUGGGAACGGAGGUGCUCCGCCCGCACGACUGCCUGUCCCGCGUCCGCCACCACGCCCACGCCCACGCCGGCUCCAGGCGCUCGCCGCGCCCGGCCUCGAGGACGCACCGCGGCACCGCUCGCCGCGCCCAGGCAGCGUCGCCCCUGCCGCAAGAGGUGCGAGUCAAGGUGUCAGUGUCACCCGCCACCGUGGACGCCGCGUACGCCGGGCCAGCGUUCGGCGUCAUGUCGCCGUCGCCGCGGGCGCUGCCGCUGCCGCGCUUCAGCAACACCAAGACGGCAGCCCAGGCCACCGUGGACGACUCGGCCACGCGGGAGCUCCGGCGGCUGCUGGGCCUCGAGCGGCCGGCGAAUUGACCGCGCGCGAGAAAUCAAACAGGCAGGCCACGGACUCAGCGAACGAAGAAAGGGUGUGUCAAGAUGUACGUGUGGGUCUCUUCCAUUGAUUCUUCUCGGUUAAUCUCCGGUUCUGCCUCUCCGACGGCGCGCGUUCCCGGGGCCUCCCCCGUCCGGUGUUUUUGUCAAGGACCGAGGGAGGCGGGGAGCGACGCUGCGGCUUAGCUCCCGCCGUGCGGAAACCCGUCGUAGGAGAGGGGGGGCUAAACUAGAGGAAGGAGAAAUGAUGAAAUGGCGGGAAGAUUUGAUGUGGUUUAGAUGUGGUUAACUGAAUCUUAUCAACUUCAGAUUUGCUCUUGUGAUGCUCAAAAAUUGGGAUAGCUCAAACUUCUUGUCGA